AUGCGUUUCCUUCUUCAGAAGACAGUAUGUGUUCUGUGCAUAACUGUUUAUAUUCAGUCAUGCAUUCUUUAUGAUAGCAUUAGUAAUAGCAGUAGUAGUAGUAGCAGCAGUGGUAAUAAUAACAGUAGCAAUAGUAAUAGUAGUAUUAGUAGCAGUAAUAAUAGUAGUAGUUGUUGUAGUAGCAGUAGUGGUAAUAAUAACAGUAGCAAUAGUAAUAGUAGUAUUAGUAGCAGUAAUAAUAGUAGUAGUAGUAGUAGCAGCAGUGGUAAUAAUAACAGUAGCAAUAGUAAUAGUAGUAUUAGUAGCAGUAAUAAUAGUAGUUGUUGUAGUAGCAGUAGUAGAAGCACAUGA